UUCGUGCAUGGAGGCAGACAGAGGGAGAAAUCAGCGUCACACUGACGAGGUCUGUGAAGCGGGUUAUUAUCGCACUACAGUGCCGCGUCCUUAUUGGCAGUCUGCUCAACAACCUGCGGUCUCUGCAGACACACGGCAAACAGAGGGAAUACAAGAGACACACAAACACCUCGGAGGAUGUCUGGGAUAACUGGGAAUUUGGAUUGCGAGGAGUGUUUGUCUUCUGCACAUGUGGCCAACAGCACGGAGCUACAUCUGCGCUCCGCUGUGGAUGAAGACGACGAACUUCUGAGAUACAUCUGGAGAGAGUACUUGCACCCCAAGCAGUAUGAAUGGGUCCUGAUCGUGGCUUACAUUAUUGUGUUCUUCGUUUCACUCAUUGGAAACUCGCUGGUUUGUUUUGCAGUGUGGAAAAACCGUCACAUGCGCACCGUGACCAACUAUUUCAUAGUGAACCUCUCCUUUGCUGAUGUGUUGGUCACCAUCAUCUGCCUGCCUGCGAGUCUUGUAGUAGACAUCACAGAGACGUGGUUCUUUGGAAAAACUCUUUGCAAAGUUGUGCCUUAUUUGCAGACCAUUUCCGUUUCUGUGUCAGUGCUAACACUGAGUUGCAUUGCCCAAGACCGCUGGUAUGCUAUCUGCCACCCACUGAUGUUCAAGAGCACUGCCAGGAGGGCUCGCAAAAGUAUUGUUGUCAUCUGGGUUGUGUCGUGCAUCAUCAUGAUCCCUCAGGCUAUUGUGAUGGAGUGCAGCAGCCUGCUGCCUGAACUAACAAACAAGACCAGCCUGUUCACAGUGUGCGAUGAACACUGGGGAGCUGAGAUCUACCCAAAGGUGUAUCACACCUGUUUCUUCAUUGUCACAUAUUUUGCACCACUGUGUCUCAUGGUCCUGGCGUAUAUCCAGAUAUGUCACAAGCUGUGGUGUCAACAGAUUCCUGGAAACACAUCAGUGUUGCAGAGAAAAUGGAGAUCCAUGCAGUGCUCAGCUCCAGCUCCAGGCCUCGGAGAGGCUGUGAGGGUCCGGACCAGCACGGUUUGUGCAGAGAUCAAACAGGUCCGAGCCCGGCGCAAGACAGCUCGCAUGCUGAUGGUGGUCCUCUUUGUUUUUGCUCUGUGCUACUUGCCGAUCAGCGUGCUCAAUGUCAUGAAAAGAGUCUUUGGGACUUUCAAGAACACAAAUGACAGAGAGACAGUGUAUGCAUGGUUCACUUUCUCACAUUGGCUCAUAUAUGCCAACAGUGCAGCAAAUCCUAUCAUCUACAAUUUCCUCAGCGGGAAGUUCCGUGAAGAGUUCAAAGCAGCCUUUUCUUGCCAUUGUUAUGGCCAAGGACAAAAUGGAACAAAGAGGAUAAGAACCAGAACCAGCACGGACAGCCGGAAAUCCCUGUCAACUCAAGUUAACAUGGACAAUGUCUCACGAAUAUCUGAUCAGGUAGUGUAGUCUUAUCCCGGUGGGGAGUUCUUCUGACCACUUCAAGCUUCAAAGGACAUACUCAUCAUUAAGGUAGACAUUCAAAAUGAUGGUAUAUUUAGUUUCACAAGGACACUUUAUGGAACGUAAGACAUUUUCUGAGGGUCUUGUCACGUCUUUUAAAUAAUCAGCAGAACAUGGAAACCACUUGUAGUCUAUUUAAUAUGAGAAGAUACCAUUUGAAUAUUUAGCAUCUGAUAACUCAUACCAUAUGUAUUUGUUGAUAUACAGUUAAGUGACAUGAUUUGAAUUGCACAUGUGUGUCGUUUCGUAAAUGUACACUUUUGACUUUAUUUUUGGUUCAGUUGAAAGAAUCAGUGUUACAUUUUAUGAUGAAUUAUAUCACUGUUUAUUUAUUCAGUCAUUGGUUUAAUGUGUUUUAUAAUAAUGAAAAUAGCAGGUGCUAUAGAGAAUAAGCUCAGAUUUGUAGUUAGUUUCCUUAAUUAGCAGAUGUCCAUCUUAAGUCUCCAGUGUAAAUGCCCAUGAAUGUAUGAUUAUGUGCAUUAACAGUAUGUAAAUGAUCAAACAUUGUAAACCUCCAACAAACUCCUGAAUAUUCAACAUGACACGAAUGUGUCCUGGUGGAUCUCAUUAUGAAACCUCUUUCUUUCACCUGACACACACUGAGUUUGUAUUGAAAAACAUCAGCAGGGCAGACUUAUAUUUUAUACUGUAGCUGCGCACCGGCCCACUAUGUAUAGCUGCAAAGUUUAAGUUAUAAGCAUCAUGAAUGCUAAAAUCCAGAGCUUUUUUUGUUCUCAAGAACUAUUGAAUUUUUCAACACAGGGUAGAAGCAACAUCCAGUCGUUAACAGGAGGCAGUUUCUUCAAAGGUUUCCAUUUUGAAAUGCUUCUGUCAUUCACCUUCACUGACAGCUUCAGAGCCCCGGAGACACUGUCCUGUCCUGAAACAGAACAGUGGAUGCCAUGAAAACAGAAAACUAUAAAAAAGUAUUUUUUAUAUUAAAGUUUGCUUUUAAAAUGUGCAAUGAAGAAACCUGUCUUCAAAUGUGCUUCAGAGAUCUAUUUAGUGAUAUAAAUGUAUGAUGCCGGUCCUCAAACGUGUGUUGGCAACAGUACUGGCUAUUAAUCGAGCCCUGUUUACUGUUUGUACAGUUGCACCCUGAUUGUAGCAUGGUUGAGGCAUCUAACUCAUGAUUAACCAAAUUUAUUUUUUAUCAAUAAAAUAUUGAACUGAUUAGCUAAAUGAAGCAAUACAAGGUCAGGAAAAAAUGUUAAAUAUGGCCAAAUGAGAAUUAGUUUUUUGCAUAAAUAAUAAAUUAUAUAAAUUAUUCUUGUUAGACUGCUACUAGAAUUGCAUCCAAUGUGUAAAAACGUCUUCUAUUGUGAUUUGUUUUUUUAUAAUAUAGAAUACUUUGAUUUGAAUAAAUAUAUAUCAUGAAAGCCUUAAGAAUGAAAAUCUGAAAAAAGCACAUCAUGUCAAUCAUGACUCAAACCUACAGAACAAACUGAUCUGUUGUAAACUCACAAAAUCAAGUCAUGUUUCAGUUUCUCAAAUACUUUUAUAAUUAACAGCAUAUAUCUGCCUGUUUAAUGAUUUACUUUUACUGAUCUUCACUUUUAAUCAUUUAUACAGAGUUAAUUUACCAAAACUGUUACAGUUCAGCCAAAACACAUAAUUGUUUGGCUGCUUGAUGUCAUUAUUAAUGCCCAACCUUUCCAUCAUUUCACUUGAUGAAUGAGUUACAGAGGCCUGUUAAUAAACAACAUUUAACAUAUUUUGACUGUAAACAGAUUGUUAGAAACUUAAUUUAUUUUGAAAGGCUAAUAAACGUGUACACAUGCUGUGACACUUUGAAAGUAAACUAGCAUUAAGCCUUAAAUUGAAUCCCAUCAGUGUUGUGUUUUUUUCUUGCAGACAAUUUCCAUCACAACACACACACACACACACACACACACACACGGACACACAGACGUGUAUCAGGAGAGUAAAUGAGUAACAACUCAUUUCUCAUUGAGACUUUUUAUACGUAAUAUAUGUGUUGAUUUAUAGCUAGUAUGUUUUGUAUGAGUGGACCCCUUGAGGAGUAGCUGCUACCUUGAUGGCAGCUAAUGGGGAUCCAAGAAUAAAGACAUUACUGGCGUCUGGAUGAGACCUACUGCAAUUGAACGGCUGUAAACUUGGAUUAAGCUUCCAAAUUACUGAAUGAUAUGUUGUGUUUCUUCUACAGUUCAUUAUAGUAUCUCUGCCAGAAAUACCCUGUUCUCACACAGUUACACACCUGGAAGCUGCCCAGUACAGCCACGGUCUGAUCUGCCACUGAGUACCUCCACUAGGGCAGUAGCAGCAGAGGGCCUUGCUCAAGGGUGUGUUACUGCUGGUAAUGAGGAAAAUACCAGUGCUGAUGGUUCACUUUGCCCUCCAAAAUCUCUGUUCUGCUGGUGCAGGGACUGAAUGGCCAAACCUCCAUUCUCGAGUUUGUUUCUCUUGUAAAAUCCUUAUUACUAUAAUGACACUGAAACUCUACCACAGUUUCUCUGAUGUUUGAGGCAUACUGAAUAGUUCCCUGAGAGCAGUCAAAAGCACAAAAUCCCUGUGAAGAGGGAUACUAAUAUUCUCAUGAAUAUUUAUAACCAGCACAUAAUUGUAAAGUGUAUUUGCAGCUAACAAGCCUUCAUAUAGGUGCAAUCUUGAAGUAAGAUCUCACACUCAAGGCUGGCAGAAAGCCUCAGGUUUCAAACGUGGAUAUGAAACAAAUGUGCUCAUGCACAGUUUAUUUUGUUUGUAUCCUCAAACAAACCUGACUGUGAUUUGUUUGUAAUUGUGGCUGUGUGGAGUGCAUGGUGUUUGUGCAAGUGGAUAUUAAACCCCAAAACAAUAAGAAAAAGAAUAUUAAAGCAGCUGUCUUUCCAUUCAAAUUUUAUAAGAAAAACAGGCUUUCAGUCAGGAGACCUUUUCAACAGGGCAAAUCACUUAGGCAAGGAGGUAGAUGGAUUGAGUGCAAUCAACCAAUUAACAUGAACCUGUUCACAUGGGAAAUGUUCCACAUAAUCACAAUUUAUAGUCAUAGAUCCUAGAUCCACAAGCAUAUCACAUACUCACUACAUAAAGCUAAUUGUUAUGAAAUGAAAAAGUUCUUCAACUAAGAUAGACAGACAUAAAUAAAGACAAGAACAAGUAUUAAUCAUCAUUGUAAUCAGCAGUAUAGAUACUGCCUCUGUCGAAGUACUCUGACAAAAAAAUUGUGAUGUGGAAAUCUCUUGUCAAAUCAAGCCAAUCAAAUAAAUCAAUUAAACUGAUAACGCAAUCAGGAAAAGGAAAUAGUAAUGUGAAAUAAUUGCAUAAAUAAGAAAACAAACACUGUAAUGUCACAAUGACAGAAAACAAAGACAGGAAAAUGAUGCUCAACAGCUUGAUUUCUGUUAGUGAUUAAACUUUAAGGUUACUGCUGCUUUUUGUUAAGCUCUGCCUGAAAUGUUUCAUUUGUGGACGAGAGUAGAUUUCAAAAUGUUGAUAGUUAAAAUAUUCAUGCCAAUUGAUAUUUUACAACUUUAACUUUUUCUUUGACUUUUUGUCAGGAUUUCUUUGAUUCUUGAAUGUGAGAUCUUUGUAGCUUUAAGAUAUUUCUUAUUUGAUCACAUUUAUUUGAAUGUACAGUAUAGUGCAAUGAAAAAAUCCAAAAUGCUAUCCCUAAUACCUUUUAUAUUCAGACAAUAUCUGAGAUUUGUCCCGCUUGUGUUAGUAUUUAGAAGACCCUGUGGCAAACAACCAUGCACUGCACUGGCAUUUGCUCCCUCAGUCCACGUCUUUCCAUUGUUUCCCAGACUGGCAGAGUUUAUAAAAAUCCAAGUCCAUUAUUAAUGUUUUUAAAAACCCAUCUUUUUCUUUAGCUUAUUAACUUUCUAUUUGUACAUGCACUUCAUUUAUAUUAGUGUACAUUUGACUUCGCUGUGCAGCAGUUUGGUCAAUAUGUUUUGGUUUUUCAUUUGUGUAAUAAAUAAAUUAACUUGACUCUGGUAUUAUCCCAAUAAGAGGGAAGCAGUGUUAACGGAUAAACUGAGUGUGUUUGCUUACAAAUGAGCUUUUGUCUAAUUGCUGUUGAUUUUGCCAAGUUUCAAUCAAUUGUAUUUUUUAAGCUGUUCUCUUCUGCAUUUAAAAUAAACUACUUACAGUUAAAUUGUUUCUAGACUUUUAAAACUCUGACAGGUAAGAAGUUGUUAAUCACACUUUUAAAUUGAUAAUUUAGUUGCGUUCCACGUUGUGUAUAAAAUCACAUGUAAUCUAAAAUACCAUCAACAUGACUACUCACAGUGGUGUAUUUGUUUCAUCCAUCCUUCACAGAUGUGGUUUGUUUACAAUGGAAAGUAGCUGCAGUGUUUAUUUCAGUGGAUUUUACCCCUUUGUCAAUGUUUUGUGAUGAUUUUGCAUUUGCAUUUGUAACUGGAACCCCCUUGUCUCUGUUAUUUAUUUCUGAAAGUUACUGUAUGUUUUGUUAUUUUUUAUUAUGUAAUUACUCAGUGAAUGCGUUUGAAUCUGCUGAGGAAAGUGAAUUUUAAUAAAGUGUAAUUCAGUGUUCACGGAAUACGUUUUAAGAACAGUUUUACAGGCUGCUAACAGUUAAAUAAGUAGCGAAUUCAGUAAUGCGGUGUAACAAGAUUAAGUUUCUUUAUUAAAAAUGUGGACUGUCCUUGCAGACCCGGCAGCAGGACAACUGGGAAGUUAUCAUUAGUUUAGUCAAUGGGCACAAAAAUCUUGAUUUAUGCCAUCAAAUCUAGGCCUACAUGUGUGUUCAUGCAAACCAACUGAAAUUUAGAUUUAUUUAUUUAUGUGGAAACAUAUAACGUGUCCUCAGCCUGGUGUUUCUGUCCUUGUGAGCCUUUAAAGUGUAUUAAUUAGUUGUAAGUUCACAGUGUCUGUAUUCCGGCACAUCUUUUAUCAAUAAAUGAUUUGCCUAUAUUGUU